UUUUUCCCUUCUCGGAGAUUCAAUGCAAUUGCAAGAACCUAACCAUGGAGCCUCCUGCUAAAAGGUCACGCAAGUUACUCGAGGACGACUCGUCCAGCGAUUCUGGCGAUGAGUCUGGCGGUGUCCCUCUCGGCGAUUCGUCAGAGGGAGUCGCAUUCAAAAUCAACGAAGAAUAUGCCCGCCGCUUCGAACACAACAAGCGAAGAGAGGAGAUGCAGCAGCUCGAGUCAAAACUAGGAAAAACAUCUUCUCUCGGGAAACGACGUAACGCCGAUGGCGACGAUGAAUCCGACGGCUCAGAGGAAUCCUCCUCGGAUGAGGAUGAGGACGAUGAUGCUGAAUUGGCCACUGAAGCUCUAGACGCUGAGAUUCAGGCGACUAUUCAGGCCAUUCGAUCAAAAGAUCCGCGAGUUUACGACAAGAACGUCACUUUCUACCAAUCUCUCGAGGAAAGCGCGGGACCGCAGAAACGAGAGGAGAAAGAGAAGCCGAUGACGCUCAGAGACUACCACAGGGAAAAUCUAUUGAACGGCGCCGACCUAGCGGAUGAGGACGCGGACGCCCCUAAGACCUACGCGCAGGAACAAGAAGACUUGAAAAACGCCAUUGUCAAAGAAAUGCACGCCGCUGCCGACGGUGAAGACGAUACCUCUGAUGAGGAGGGAGACGAGGACGAAGGAUUUCUUGUUCGCAAGUCGGCUCCUGAGCCUGUGUCGUCGCGCCAGAGUGAUGUACAGCUUGAUGUGGAGAAUGCAGACAAGGAUCCUGAAACGUUCCUUUCUAACUUCAUGUCGUCCAGGGCUUGGACACAGUCUGGAAAAGCCCAACUCCAACCAUUCGAGUCUGAUGACGAAGAGGAAGACCAGCGGGCAGAAGCUUGGGAGGAAGCAUACAAUUUCCGAUUCGAGGAUCCUAGCAAGAUCAACGCCACACUGAUCACCCAUUCUCGUGACACAACCAACAAGCAGUCCGUCCGCAGGGAGGAAGUCAGUGGCAGAAAGAAAAUCAGGGAUGCUGCUCGCCUGAAAAAGGAGGAGGAGAAGAAGCAACGUGAAUCAGAGAAGAAUCGUCUGCGGAAACUGAAAAUGGCGGAGCUACAGGAAAAGGUCGACAAGAUCAAGGAAGUUGCCGGCCUCAACGCAUCCAAGCUCACCGACGAAGACUGGGCCAGAUUCCUGGAUGCUGCCUGGGACGACAAGGAUUGGGAGGAGGAAAUGCAAAAGCGAUUUGGCGACAAUUACUACGAUGAAGAUGAUGCAGCCGGUAGCGGAGAUGAAGUCGGGGGCAAGAAGAAGCGACCGAAAAAACCUACCUGGGAUGAUGACAUUGAUAUCAACGACCUAGUCCCCGAUUUUGAGGAUGAUGAACGUCCCGCUGUCGGUCUUUCCGACGUCGAGAUGGAAGACAAUGAUGAGGAGGACUCGAACAAGAAAAGCAAGGCCCAGGAGCGACGAGAUCAAAAACGUGAAGCUCGCAAGGACAAGCUUCGUAUUGAAGAGGCCGUCGACCGCAACAUCGAUCUUGACCUAGCCCUCCUCCCUGGCGCAACCAAGAAGAAUACCACUGGCUUCCGGUAUCGUGAAACGUCUCCACAGAGCUUUGGUCUGUCAGCAUUGGACAUCUUAAUGGCUGACGAUACACAUCUCAACCAAUUCGCUGGCUUAAAGAAACUUGCUUCGUUCCGUGAAGACGAGAAGAAGCGCCGGGAUCAGAAAAGACUAGGAAAGAAGGCGCGGUUGAGGCAAUGGCGCAAGGACACAUUUGGCAAUGAAGAGGGUCCGGGGGAGUUUGUAUUCGGCAGCGGCAAGGCAUCUGCGCCAGAGAACAACGAUGCUACAGACAAUGUCGAUAUUCGAGAAGGAGAGCCUCGAAAGAAGAAGAGAAAGAGGUCAAAGAAGAACUAGUUCCUGACAUUUAAAAUACUUAUACGAACUUAAAUGAAAAAUUGGUAAAAUCUCUUUUGCUCACUCAAACUAGAUACUAUAUAAAUAGUAAGGAAUAAAAUCGACUAUCUUCGUGUAUGGAUCACAUGAAGUCAUCACCCGGAGACUUAAUGAACAGGAAAUGCAUUAAGAAACCUUCUGAUAGAACCGAGACAUUGGAACACUGAUCAUCGUGUCCGGGAAACUGCACCUAACUAUGCAUAGCAGGAAUAUCCGAAUAAAGAUGUGGGAUUGCCGAAUCUGCCCUAGCAGUCAUUCGAACAACAGCUGAAGGUGUCAGGACUCGGCUAAGAGCCACCGAAUUUGUUCAGGGUGGGGGUAAAAACGGUUGGACUUGUGGUGAAAGUGAAGGAAAGCAUAAUCCGGGAGAACUCGUGGUGAGGGCAUUCGGAAUGGGAGCAUGUUCAGUAGAACUGAAAACGUUCGAAAUGGGGGCAUGUCCAGUCGAACUCGUGGCAAAAGCGUUCAAUGAAGGUGUAGAAGUUGCCGAGUCUUGAACUGACAACCGAAUCCUUUUUGCCGUUGGCAACGCAAAGUCGUUCACUCCCAACCUUCUAACAUUCGGAUUGGACUCGCAACUUAUCUCGUGCCGUUCAAGAUUGCGCCAGUGUACAUAAUGUUUGCCGCAAAACAUACAAUCCAAUCUUUUGUGCAAACAUUCUGCUUCAUGAUCGCGUACCUCUCGGUUCGUAGGGAAUGUACAAAAGCAGUACUUGCAAUUCGUGCGUUUCUUGCAGGUACCCAGGUGUUGUUUCAUGGACGAGACGAAUUUUGAACAAUACCUGCACUGGGAAAGUGCCUUUACCGCUUUCCCGGAACAUUGGCGCUCGUGCAUUUUUAGGUUGACGUCGCGGAUUGGCGUUGUACAGAAUUGGCAGAUUCUCUUCUUCUCGCAGAUAGCCAGGUGGUCCUCGUAGUCCUUCUCUUGUUCAAAACCUCGCCCGCAAAAUUGCGCAAGCGAAAGGACUUGAAUCCUCAUUGGCAAUAGCACACGUCGCCUUGUGUUCGUCGAUCCUCUUCUGUGGGAAAAACUGAUCGCAUGAUGAACACUUCACGGGCUGUUUUGCCUCGAAAGCUACCACGCAGUUUGAUUGGUGUUCGUUGAGGUAGUUAUGCGUGCAUUCCUUCCCACAAUAAAGGCAUUCUGUCAAGAUUUUACCCUCAAUAUCUCUUAGACAAUGAUAUUCAUGUUCACGGAAGUUCCUUUGUUCGACCAAUUUCAAACAAAGAGGGCACUCGACAGCGUCUCGGCCACAGGUCAAGAGGUGUACCUCGAUAUCCUGUGGUGAGAAGACUUGCGCACAGAAUGCACACAUUCUAGGAGUUUGGCCCUCGAUACCUCUUAGACAACUGACUUCAUGUGCUUGAAGGUCCUCUUGUUGAACCAAUUCUGAACAGAAAGUACGCGAGACAGGACCUUGCACACAGGCUAAUUGAUGCUCCUCGAAAUCCGUCUGUGAGAAGGUUUGCGCACAGAUCGUGCACUUGACGGGCAAUUUGCCCUCGAGGGACACCACACAACGAGGCUCGUGUAUGCGUAGAUAGUCUUGACGAUAUUCCUGCGCACAGAAUGCGCACUUGGCU